AUGGAAACUUGCAAGUGGAUAACAGAAAACAACUUUUCGAGGGUAUGUCUGCAAUUUCCUGAUGAGCUAUUGAAUAUGAGUGCACAAAUUUAUGAGGAAAUAAAGAAAAGGAUUGAUGUCGAUCUAUAUAUUUUAGGAGAUACUUCAUACGCUAGUUGUUGCAUAGAUGCAGUAGCAGCAAUGCAUGUACAGGGAGAAGCAGUGAUUCACUAUGGGCGAACCUGUUUCACAAAAUCAAAUAUUCCUGUCUUCCUAGUUCUCCCCAAAAGAGAUCUGGAUCAUAACACUAUCAAGAAAUGUUUAAAGGAACAUUUUAGUAAUGAUGAGCAGACCAAACUAUGUCUUUUUUAUGAUGCUGAAUUUGAACAUUGUAAAGAUGAAUUAGUCAAAAUUUGGUAUCAGCAAUAUCCUCACAGCUUAAUAGCAUUUGUUGAGAUGGAAGACAAAAGUAAAAGGUUUCUUGGUCGCUUGAUUAAGAACAGAAAUGGAGAGGAAUUCACUGUAGACAUACUUAAGGAGUGCAUUUGUAUUUAUGUUGGAUUAAAUGGACAGACUUUGUUUAAUUAUACUAUAUCAGUUGAAGCUAAAAAAUGGGUUGCACUAGACCCAGAAACAUCCAAAAUUGAAAGGAAGGAAGAGACCACUUGGUUCAAACGAAGACACUUUCUAAUUGAAAAAUGCAGAGAUGCCAACAUAGUUGGGAUUCUUAUUUGUAAACUUGCUGGCGACCAAACUAAAGAUAUAAUAAGCAGAAUGAAGCAGCUUUGUAAAGUUAAUGGAAAGAAGAGCUAUAUCAUUUCAGUUGGAAAACCUAAUGUUGCUAAACUAGCAAACUUUCCAGAGAUUGAUAUUUAUGUUAUGAUUGCCUGCCCAGAAAAUAACCUUUACAAUAACAGAGACUUCUACAAACCAAUAAUUUAUCCAUUUGAAUUGGAAGUGGCAUUAAACUCAAAUAGAGAAAGAUACUUCACGAGCCAUAUAACUGAUUACAAUGAGCUACUACCAGGCCAGCGACAUUACUGUGAUAUCAACCACACCAAAGAAAUCACAGAUGUUAGUCUUAUUACUGGUAAAAUUAGAGAAACUAGAGUUCAGUCAAACACGGAAAACACAAUGGAGUUAGCUGAAAAACAAAAUUUGGCAUUGGAAACUAUUGGUCACAAUUUGAGGGAAAGGUCAUGGAAAGGUCUGGAACAGAAACUAGGGGAAACGGAAGUAAAAAAAGCUGAGCAAGGUCGUAGAGGGAUACCGUUGCAAUAUAGUAAUGAGCCAGAGUGA